UUUUGUUUUACUGUAACAAUUUAGUAAACAUAAUUUUACAAUUUUUAUUACAAUAGAUUGACUGAACUCUCACCAAGAUAGGAAUAUAAUAAACAUGGAAUUGAUAGGAGAUUCUUGAUGGGAGGUUAUAAUAGAUAACUAGACUCAAGCGCAGAUUCGUUGACAGGAUUACUGUGAAAACUUGUGUUCACCAUAAAGAAACAAAAUGCCAACAACUUGCUUAGUGUUUAACAGUGACAACAACUUUAAUUGUUAUUGUACGUUUUAUGCCUCCACAACGGUACAAUCUUUUUUAUCCAGUGAUUUGUUGAUCAAUAAUUUGUAAAUCAGUUAUUCUAAUUGUGUGUUUUAGCAUAAAAAAAUGGACAAAGCAGUUUUCACAAGAAACCAACAAUUGUAAAGUGAAAUAAUUGCCACAACUGUUUUUAUAAAUUAUUGUCAUAGCUAUUGGUCGUUUUUUGUUUCUUGUGAUUUGUUGACAUGAAUUAAAUAUUCUAAUGAGCAUAUAAUGAUUGAUAUAAAAUUGAUUCCACUACAGUUAUUACUCCAUUUAAUAAUGUCAUUAGGAAACUGUCAACAGCCAACUCAACAGCAACAACAGCAACAACCUCAUCAACUUGAUGGUAAUGUUAUUUCAUCUCUUAUUAACCAUCCAUCGUUUAAACACAAUUUCACCGAUCAUUAUAAUGAUGAAAAAGAUGAUGAUGAGGAUGAUGAAAACCCCUUACAUGGAGCCAAUAAUUCUGAAGAUCCUCGCUAUGAAAUAUUGUACCACAACAUGAGUGAAAUUAUGCAAAAAUUACAAACAUAUGUUGCUAAUCGAGCCAUUGAUGAUACAUCAUUUACCUAUUUAAUGAUUGCUUACAUUAUUUUAAUUAUUCUUGGUGCCACUGGGAAUGGUUUAGUUUGUAUGGUUGUUAUACGUAAGCCUUCAAUGAGGACGCCUCGAAAUGUUUUCAUCAUUAACCUGGCCAUUUCGGAUCUACUGCUUUGUCUCUUUACAAUGCCUUUUUCACUGGUUGAAAUUGUCCUCAAAUUUUGGCCUCUAGGUGAAGCCACAUGUAAAUUGGUCGCUGGACUUCAAGCCACUUCAAUAUUUGUCUCAACAAUCAGUAUAACUGCAAUUGCUUUGGACAGGUACAAAGUAAUUGUCAAUCCUAAUUGUGAACCUUGCCAUCCAAUCAAUACAUUUAUAACACUUUCCGCAAUCUGGAUAACAGCUUUGGCCCUAUCAGCACCACUCUUCAUUUACCGAACCGUUGAAAGUCACAGUAUAAACAUUUUAUGGCUCAAAUCAAUUGAUUAUUGCAUUGAAAAGUGGCCAAUUGAACAUGGACGAGCUUUGUAUUCAAUAUUUUCCAUGAUAUUUCAAUACGUUUGUCCUUGUAUCAUAGUUACUGUGGCUUACAUCAGAAUCUUGAGGAAACUCAACUAUCGAAUGGUUCAGAAAAAAAUGGGAACCACUUUGGCCGAGAAACAGAGAAGGGAAAAGAUUAAACAGCGAAAAACUCGCCUCUUGUUAAUAUCGAUAUCAUUCAUUUUUGGCAUCAGCUGGUUACCUCUUAAUAUUGUCAAUAUUGUGGCCGAUAUCUACUUUCCUUUUGACAAUUCCCAAGUUUAUCGGAUAUUGUUUGCUUGCUGUCAUCUUGCUGGAAUGUCUUCAGCCUGUUCCAAUCCACUUUUAUAUGGGUUUCUUAAUGACAAUUUUAGACGAGAAUUUAGGGAAUUAUUUAUUCGUUGUUGUCCUUUCUUGGUCACUUCAACGUCGACCUACACUGAUAAUGAAGAUCGAGUUGAUUCAAUGUGUCUUCAAACCUAUACAAGGGAACCAAUUUCAUCAAGACAAGAUCCAGAAAGGUGAACCAAUGAUAAAAAUAUUACCUUUUUUUUGCGCUUUCAUAUUAUAAUGUCCAGUGUCAAUCAAAUGAGUAAAUGCAUUUUGACAAGAGAUGAAAGUUAAAACAUUAAAAGAACCAUUUUACAGCUUUUGUAUUGAUAUAAAUACUCAAUCAUUUGAAAAACACCAUUAAAAUGAACAUCUUUAUUCAUCUA